AACGCGUUGCCACGAUUCCCCCACCGCGACCCCACCAGUCACCUCGAGCUCUAUAUAACGCCAUGCCUUUCGCCACCCCACCCUUGUCUCGAAUCCAAAUCAAAGAAGAGAAGAGACUUCUAGCAGAAAUUAAGCCACCAGAGAUUCUUUUGUUUGUGUAGUUCUUAUUUGGUUUGUGUGAGUGAAAAUUCUGGGGAGGAUGGCGGAGGAGCAGAAGCAGGAGGUGGAGGUGAAGGAUAGGGGGUUGUUCGACUUCAUGGGGAAGAAAGAAGAGGAGGAGGAGGAGAAGAAGACCGAAGAGGAGGUUCUGGUCACCAAGGUGGAGACGGUUCGUAUAGAGGAGGAGAAGAAGGAAGAGAAAGAGGAGGAGAAGAAGGAGAGCUUGCUUGAAAAGCUCCACCGGUCUCAUAGUACCAGCUCUAGCUCGUCAAGCGAUGAGGAAGAAGUUGAGGGAGAGAACAAAGAGAAGAAGAAGAAAAAGAAGGGAUUGAAGGAGAAGAUCGAGGAGAAGAUCGGUGGCGAAAAGAAGGAAGGUGAUCAAGAGGAGGAGAAGAAGCCGGCCGUGGUCGAGCAGGAGGUGGCAGUCGCCGCCGUGUCCACCGAAGGCGAGGACACUGCAGUCCAGGUGGAGAAGGUGGAAGAGAGUGUCAAAGUGGAGGGAGCCCCAGAGGAGGAGAAGAAAGGUUUCCUGGACAAGAUCAAAGAGAAGCUCCCCGGCCAACACAAGAAGCCUGAGGAUGCUGCCGCCGCUCCUGCCGCCCCAGCCGCAGAGUGUGCCGACCAUGGGAAAGAGCAUGAAGCUGAUGGACAUGAUGGGAAGGAGAAGAAGGGCAUACUUGGGAAGAUCAUGGAGAAGAUACCCGGCUAUCACAGGAAUGGAGGGGAGGAGACUGAGAAGACUACUUGUAGGCCCUAGAAGAAAAGCUUCAUAUAUAUCUUUGAUGUUUGUUCUCUGCUUUUGCUCCCUAUCAUGAAGUAUAUUUUGGGUUGUCAAUGUCUGUUUGUUGGUACUCCAAUAGGUUGGUUGUUUGUUGGUCCUUGUUGGAUAUGUGAUUAGGUAUAUUUCUACUUGCUUUUUGAUGUUAUCUUUUGCCACUUGGCAAGAAGGAUAUUGGUGUAAUGAUGUACUUGCUUCAUUCUGCAUGUACGUACCUAAUGUUGGUAUUAUUGUUUAGUAUGUUUAUGUUUACUCUAAA